CAUUGCAUUUGAAAUAUGGACAUAUUCAAGAUAACGUUCAUCCUGACGGCGAUGGCACUGGUCGUCUCGAGCACCGAUACGGCGGAUCUACCGAAACCGAGCUACGCCAGAACGAUGCUGAAGGUAUCGCGAAGCCUUCCAGGCGAGACCGAGGAGUUGAAGGUGCGCACGAGCGAAGGGAACGUGGCAACUUUGAUCGUGAAACGUAGAGAGAAAUCGGCGAACGAGACGAAAAGCGUGCCGGAGGACGAGAAUUCCCAUGAUUCUGGGAUGGCAACGAGCGCGGGGAACGGGACGUAUUGGAACGCGUCGAUAAAGUCCGAGGCGAGAAGCAAGGAGGAGAUAAAGAGGCUGGAAGACGCCCAGAUAGAGCAACUGAGAGCGAAACUGUCGGACGAGGCGGACGCGAGGAAAAGCUUCUCGAAAGCUGAGAACGAGUCUGCGGGGGAGGACGAGGACGAUCGGCCGCCUAUCGGCGAGAGGAAUAUCGAUUACGGGAACUGGACGCCCCUGGGUAUGGACGGAAGGGCUGUCGUCCGACUCGAGGGAUCGAGCACCGAGGAAUACCAAAGUUGGAAACCCCUUCGAGCCUCGAAGACGACCACCGCCGCCACCAUAGCCGAGGAUAGAUCAAACUACGCGAGGUUCGAUCCCGUUUUCCCUGCCGGUGGACUGCUACUGCCGCGCCAUCUUCAAGACAGAUCGCAGAGGAAGCUGGAAUUAGGGGAGAGCGAGGAGGGGACGCGUUACGCGUUCCUGCCGCAUCAGGUGCGCUCGUCGAGGACCAACGUCGGGGCGAACGCGUCCAAGAACAGGGAUGGUAAGAACGUGCCGGCCGAGGUGGUGGUCAGAUCGGAGAUAAACGUGAAAACGAGCCCGAAGAGGUCGGCGAUGACGUUGGACGGGGAUGGGACACCCGUGAUCCACGGGAAAAGGGUCCCGGACGAGCCGAUCGACAAGAUUCAAACUUGGCGGAACGCUCGGGUGAUCAACAACAAAUUGAUCCACGAUGGGGCAUCCAGUGGGGGAGAUAGCACGGGGGAUCUCACUUCAAACUUUUAUCCGACGGAGAAUGUUUUAGAGAGGCAGAGGUUCGAGAGGUUCUUCCAGAACGUGAAUAGAAGGUACGGUAAAGAGUACGAGGAGGAAGGGAAGAACGUGUUCUUCGAGUGGGAUCCUAAGAAUUACAAAAACGAGGCGUUGAAAGCAGAGGUGUACGAGGCAAGAACGGACAGCUAUCGAAGCAACGGGCGCAAACGAAUGCUCCACCCUGACGGAGUGUCCGUCUACCCCGUGUCCCAAUUGUACACGCCCGAGAGCCAGAAAAUAGCGCCAAUCGCCCUGAAACCGGGCGCCAGAGCGCCCGUCCUCCAAUACGCCCAUCCGGAAUUAGGCGUCCAACCGGCCAAGAUCGUGAAGAACGAGAAGAAACGGCCCGACAACUUUCCGGAGAAUCAGUACUCGUUCACGGAGCAAAGGCAGAAGAAGAAAUACGUGUUGAACGACAAGAACAUCGUCGACACCUACACGACGAAGAAUUACUAUCCCAACCAACAUUUUUACGGAUUGAAGAGGCCGAGCGAUGCCCCGUUCUGGGUGAAAAUCUCCGAGAACUUGAAAAAUCAAUUCUCGAACAGCGUGGAGAAGAUGUCGCAAUUCACGAAACCGGUGAUCGAUCCCCUGGUGGAGGCGACCCAUAAAAUUUCCCAAAACUUGGGCCUCUCGAACGGGAAGGAGGCCCAGGACAAAGUUGGUACAGUCACAUCCGGCACCAGUAUCCUGAUCCCGGCGCUGGGCCUCGUCGCUUCAGGUGCCGCUCUUGGGAUCGGCGCAGUCGCAGUCGGCAGAUAUCUGGACGUGGAUGUGUUGAAAAGAUCGAAUGACGCGUUGGCAUACGGCACCGAGGUCGAGUAUCAAAGAGCUUUGGACGAGGAGUUGGCGGGGCGGGGAGGAGAUGGUAAAACAGGAGACGGAACGUACGACGGGACGGUGUACUUGCUCGAGGAAGGGAAGAGGAAGGGCGAGGAGGGCAAGGUUGCGUCGUCGAACGAUCGAGAACGAGGAGUUUUGUUGAUCGUCGAGGAAGAGGAUCGAGGAAAGGGGAGGGAGAACAGAGACGAAAGGAUGGAAGAUCAGAAACGAAAUUUAAGAAGGAGACGGAGCCUCAAUUACUUGGACGUGUUCCAGGCUGAGGGGAAUUUGAAAAAUUUGAUCAGGAAUAAACGUCUUCAACGAAAAGGAGCCGAUUCUAUUAGCGAGAUCGUGGAGAUAGAUCUUCCCGUUCGUAAGGACAGCGUAAACGGUGUGACGGAGUUUCUCGUUCCGGGGAGAAGGACGACGGAUCGAGUUGCGCCCUCUCCCAACGAGGAAGCUCCCGCCAUUUUGAUAAUCGACAGUGGCUCCACACCGGCAAAAUUUCUUCAAACCAACGACGAGGCCGACAACGAUACGAAAAAUUCAGACUCGAAGAACUCUGUGGAGGAUGAGACGAGAGAUUCGAUAGACGGGAGAGAUGAGAGACGAAGAAGAAGGAGAAGCGUCGAAAGCGAUCAGGAAUUGGAGGAUGCGCUUCAAAAUUUGGAGAACGCCGAGAUCGCGGAGGUGGCUCACAUAGAUGGAGACUGGACGAAUACGCCUUGUGCAAAGAGGAUAUUUUGCGACACCAUGAUCCAGAGAGGGCCAGACGCUGUUAUCACGAUGGAGAAGAAAAUGGCCGCCCUUUUGAGUCUAAUUCAACCAGGAGCAGCCGUCCAAGUGUCGAGCCAUUUCCAACAGGUUAUGGACGCGGUGCGAAGACACGAUUGUUCGAGCUUCUUGUGUCCCCAGGCUAGGCCCGGGAACGUCUUCUUCUAGAUCCUUCUUUUAGAUUCGACUCCCCCACCUCCUGGGGAAGGAAAGCGGAAAUGAUAAAUCGUCGAUUUCACGAACGCUGGUGAAAGCGUUCGGGACACUUCGAUUCGACAGACUUGCUCUCCUUCUUCUCGAAAAUUU